GCAAGAUGCAUGUUGUCGUUUUUUAUUAGUACAUAUUAUCAUACAUUUUUUUUAAAAGGAGGAUGACCCUGGCCUUUGCAUCUGGACGAUGCAUGCAGUUAUCUCUACUCCUAAUGGAGCAGUUGGUAGGAUUGCGUCCAUAUUUUUUUUUCGUCCCACCAUUUUCGUUCGGUUUAUUUUCAUCUGGUUUAUUUUCGUCCCACCUCCGACCGCCAUAUCCUCAUGUUGGUUUUUUUACCCUCCCAAUAAAAACUUUCCUAACCUUUUCAAACUUUCCAAACUAGACAUGUUACAAAUAGGCAGGAUCCGAUAACACUUAUCAAACAAUAAUCAUAGCAAUCAAUUCCAAAUCCUAACUUUCCUAAAUUGUCGAUCCUCGCCUUUUCUAACAACAAAUAUAUGCAGCGGCGUGGGAAGGCAAUGCCGUGGCGAAUUUUAUUCCGUCGACCAGUUUCCUUUAGUUCAACGGGACGACACUCUAUCUUCUUCAUCCUCGACCCCGGCCUCUUCGGACGUCAAUGUGAUGUCGUCGCUGGAUAGAGUGACGUGCUGCUACUCACCGGCCAAUGACAGCUCUGUUCUUAGUGGGAACCCCGCCCACUGCGUCCUGGGCGGUCGUCCCGCCCCCGCGCACUGCCAUGGUUAUCAUCUUCAACACGAUACCGUACAACUUCCACAAAGACUACAUACUCGUCGCCCUCGUCCCUCUCGUUUCAUGCUCGCCUAUCUCGCUGCCCCCUAUCUCGCUGCCCGUUGCCUCUCAGCGGCGGCUACCCUAGCGGCAGUUGCGGAGGAGAUGGAUCCUCAAUCCUCACCCGCCUCAAAAUAGGCUCGGCGCCCUCCUCGUGAUUUGUGGCGGCGGCCGCGGCACUGCCUUCCCACGCCACUGAAGAGGCCCCCAGGGCGGUCGAACACGCCUUUAGAGUCCUUCCGAAGGCACAGCUUGUCGGGGCAGCGGCGUGGGCAGCAUGGCCGUCGUCUGGUUCAGGUGCGACCUCCGGCUGCUGGACAAGCAGGCGCUGGAGUGCGCGUUGGUGGCCUCUGGCACGGUCUUCACCAACGGCAGGGGCUCGCCGACGCUGCAGUGCUGCAAGGCGGUGGUCGGGGUGAUCUGCACCAGCGACGACUGUGUGUGCCUCAUCCUCACCGGCAACAUGGCCUUCGGCCUCCCCAUCAACAACCGCACUGUCGCCAUCUCCCUUCCCAAGAUCUGCAAGUCACUCUCCGUCCCGCUCGUUUGUAGAGGUUGGUUUAUACUUACAACAAUUUAUUUCAUUCAAAACAUCUACGUCUGAUUAACAAAAAAAGUCUUUGCCCAUUCCAUGCUUGUGAUGUGCAGAUACAGCGGCCAGAUCCCAGCUCCAGAUUGCUUAAAUUCUCCUUUGUCGACCUUGCCUUGACAUCGCCACAGUACUGACCACGGACUGUACAUUAAUAUUACUAUAGUGAAUUAACUUGCAGGGCCUACUGCCUUCGCUCCGACACUGCCUCCUCUGCAUAAGUAUCUUCAAUGGCCUUCUAAUAGUACCAUAUCCAUAUCGAAGUUGCACACUCAUUUGGUCUGAAUAAAUGUCUCACAAUUCUUCCACACUAUUGCCGCCGGUGGAUGAGAAGGCGCCGCCGCCGUCAGUGGAAUCGACGCCGAUCGUGCAGGGGAAGAGCCAGGUGGUGGUGCCCAUCAUACGUUGGUAGAUAUGUUUUUGCAAAUCUCUGUUACAAUUGGUAGUGUUUGACGUAUGUAUGUAGUUAAAGAAGUAAAUGCUUUCCAUGGAGGAGAGGGUGCAGCUCUGUGAAGAGUUCAUGAAUACUUCUGAAAGAAUGAGCAGCGAACAGUCUAUAAAACGACUUGAAACGGUAUGCUUGGUCCAGACUACAACAGUUUGUUGGCUUGCUUCGGACAGUCUUUCGCUGUGCUAUACUAUUUGUGAAGAGGUAAAGACAUAUGAUAAGCAAAGAGGGAUAAAAUGAUUCCACAUACUGGGUAUUAUUUGAACUGAUAUGGAGGGACUACUUCAGAUUUCUUUUCAUUAAAAUAUGGGAACUCCAUUUUCUUGCAAGUUCAGUGACGUCUUCAGAGUGUUGGCGCUCUGCCUUGUCACCAGCAGCAGCACAAGCAACGAUGUGGACGGCUUUGUUGGGACAAAGGAAUAUGGUCCUGUGAAGGACUCAACUCCGCCGGCCUCAUCAUCCUUUUUCGUCACCGUGGUCGUCAAUGUCAAAGGUACUGGACGAAGGCAUGGACAAACGAGGCGGUGAGGCGAUGGCUCGCAGCGAGGGAAGCACCGCAGAUCCACACUCGACCCCACACCUCCACCAACCGCUGCUUUGUCUAUUAUUGCAGGGACUUGAUAUGGCGCCGGUGCUAGUGCUCGGUGCCAUUGUACUCAUGCUGAACCUUGCAUCUAUAUCAUCAGCGCAGCCUCACCACGGAUGCAAAACGCGGUGUGGUGAUGUAGAGAUCCCCUAUCCAUUUGGCAUUGGUGCUGGCUGUGCUAUCGAACAAGGCUUCGAGAUCAGCUGCAGCAGGACCGCCGCCGAUGGGAUCGAGAGGCCAUUCAUAAAUUACUGGGAGGUUCUAAGCAUCUCAGCAUCAAGUGGCCAAUCCCGAGUUUUGAUGUUCAUCCCGACAUAUUGCUACAAUUCUAGUACAGGAGAAAUGGAUUCCUACAUUUGGGAUUUUUACUUAGUUUGGCCGUAUCGGAUCUCUGACUCGCAGAACAAAUUCAUAAGCAUUGGUUGCAACACAAUUGGGUACAUCUACAACACCGAAAAAUCCACAAGGUAUGCGACAGGGUGUGUGUCGGUGUGUGGGAGCCCGGGAGACCUGAAAAAUGGCUCGUGUGUUGGUGUAGGCUGUUGCCAGAACACCGUCCCCAAGGGCUUAACGAGCUACCAUGUCUACUUCUAUGAUGUAGACUAUGUGGAUGUUUCAAAUAGUUGGCACUUCAACCCAUGCAGCUAUGCCAUGGUGGUGGAGGCAGAGACAUUCACUUUCAACUCCGAGUACAUAACCACGAAGAGGUUCAAUGAUACCUACGAGGGGCGGCAGCCGGUUGUCCUUGACUGGGUGAUUGGAAAUGCAACAUGUGAGGUGGCACGCAGAAACAUGCCUUCUUAUGCAUGCCGGAGCGAAAACACCGUGUGCGUGGAUUCAUCCAACGGCCCAGGGUAUCUGUGCAACUGCUCCGUUGGAUACCAAGGGAAUCCUUACCUCUCUGGUGGAUGCACAGAUGUCAAUGAAUGUGAGCACACUCCAAGCCCCUGUCCUGAGUCUGCAACUUGCCAAAACACAGUUGGAGGGUACCAUUGUUCAUGUCCUUUUGGCAGCAGUUUUGCCAAGGAAACAAACUCUUGCACCAACCGGUUUAUAGGAGUUGUUAUUGGACUAAGCUCCGGCAUUGGGGCUCUAUUUCUUGCGUCAGUUUCAACUUUGUUGGUUCGGAUGUGGAAGAGAAGCAUGAAAAAUAGAGUUCGAAAGGCAUACUUUAGAAAAAACAAAGGCCUUGUCUUGGAACAGUUGAUCUCAUCUGAUGAAAGUGCCACACAUAGCACUAAAAUAUUUUCCUUGGAUGAGUUAGAAAAGGCAACGGAUAAUUUUGACUCCACACGCAUUCUAGGCCUCGGAGGGCAUGGCACUGUUUACAAGGGGAUUUUAUCCGAUCAACGUGUUGUGGCCAUAAAAAAGUCCAAAAUGGCCGAUCAAAGAGAGAUCGAUCAAUUCAUAAACGAGCUUGCAAUUUUAUCACAAAUCAGUCAUCGAAACGUGGUGAAACUUUUUGGAUGUUGCCUUGAGUCAGAGGUGCCUUUGCUCGUGUACGAGUUCGUCUCCAACGGGACAUUAUCUGAACUUCUUCAUGGUGACCACCUGAGUGGUAGAAGCUUGUUAACCUGGGGCGAUCGUAUCAGAAUUGCUAGCGAGGCGGCAAGUGCUCUUGCUUACCUCCAUUCCGCUGCCGCAAUACCAAUCUUUCAUAGAGAUGUGAAAUCUACCAACAUACUCUUAACAGAUAACUUCACUGCAAAGGUGGCAGACUUUGGUGCCUCGAGGUCCAUCUCCAUCGAUGAAACUCGUGUGGUCACAGCAGUGCAGGGCACAUUUGGGUACUUGGAUCCUGAGUAUUACCACACCGGUGAGCUAACCGAGAAGAGCGAUGUUUACAGUUUCGGUGUGAUAAUCGUCGAGCUUCUGACUAGGAAGAAGCCGGUUUUCCUCAAUUUCCGGUGUGAAAAGCAAAACUUAUCUCAUUACUUCCUUCAGAUGCUACAAGAUAACACUUUGACAGAGAUCGUUGAUGUUCAAGUUCUCGAGGAAGGCAACGACAGACAGAUCACUGAGAUGGCUGCCCUUGCGAGGGUAUGCUUGAGGCACAUAGGAGAAGAGCGGCCUACCAUGAAAGAAGUGGAGCUUAGGCUGCAGCUCCUGGGGGGCAAGAUGAUGAUGGAGAAAAAACACGGGUUAGAGAGCGAUGGUGAAGCCAUGCCAUUGUUACCUUCAAACUGUUCCACUUAUUUCAGUGCUAGUCCCGGUCCACGGCAUGGUGAGUUCUUCUCUGCUGCCAAUCAUUCAGCUCAGGAUGUCACCAGAUGCUACACUAUGGAGCAGGAGCUUGUUUCCUGGACCGACAUACCUCGCUGAAUUUUAAUGGACUCCCUUAGUUUGCUAUGGUAACAAUUUUGAUCUUUUAUGUAUCACGAACUGGAUUGGUGUGCUUCGAUUUCCGACUUUGUUUCAAUCUCCGAGUUGCAAUUCAUAUUUGAUUGGGAUAUAUGUCAGGCUAGUGUGGGGUGUCAGAGACAAUCAGUGUCAGACGUCGUAAUCUGAAA